AUGUUUUAUUGUUAUGAAGCGAAUCUUACCGAUACAUCUUUGCAAUGUUAUGGUAAAACCGUUGUAUGCCGUUAUCUUACUGAUGUAUCAUUUGCUGCAACUACAAUUACACUUCCUUUGUUCACUAUGGUUUUAUUUGGUUUGUUAACUGGUGCAAAUGUGCGUAAAAGUCAGCGUUGUAUUCAAACACUAACUGCACGGAAUGUCAACCCUACAGUGAAUAAAUCAUCACGAGCACAAAAUGAAAAUUCAGAAGGAAGAGCCACGCAAAAAGCAGAUCCCAGUCUUCUUUGA